AAGGGCAUUCGAGGAGAACCUAACAGGCUGGGGGCGAGCCCCACAGAGUUCAGCACACCGUUCCCCGCGGCGACACGCUACUUCUGAACGCAGGAGCGACUCUCCGUCCGGGCUCCCUCCGGGAGAAUGGAAGCAAAUGUACAUUCGAGGGGCUCAAUACCUGGAAUUCGAAACGUCUCAGUUCCUCCGCCUUAGUUCCUCUUUUCCCGGGUUCGGAGGCCACCUGUUCAGCAGGGCACACCUGCCACUCUCAUCGCCCUCGGAGCCGGCAACCCGCCGACAGCGGGCUCCAGCCCGGGGGAACGGGAGGUUGCGCGGAAGGAAGAAGAGUCGGGAGCGCGGCCGCUCGCGGGCUGGCUCAGGGGACGCCGAGAGGAGGCGCCGGCGCGCGCGGGCGGGGUGCGCGCGCCGCCGCCGCCGCCGCCGCGUCACCGGCGUGCGGCACGUGCCCGUGUUUACGUCCCUCGUGGAGCCGCCGACGUCAGCAGUCGAAUGGCAACAUUGUGGCGAUGCUGAGGCGCAGAGUUUAGGCGACUGGUUCAUCAGUCUGGCCAGCUCCGGGCUUUCUGCGGCAGCAGCAGGGGCGGGGGCGGGGAUCUUGACCUGGGCGAGCGACCGGGACGCAAACAGCGCCAGCCUGACCCCGCAGGACCCGCGCCUCACCUCCGGAGCGCCGCAGUCGCAGCUCCACGGCCUCGCGCGGGGGCGCUGCGGCAGCGCGGGGCUUGUAAACAGAUCCGGCCGCAGGUGACCAUGUGAACUACCUGCUCCCGGGACGCUUAUUGUCCUUCUCUCGAUCCACACCACAAAGGAGCUCGGCGGUCAGGGCGCGGAGGGACGGGCGAACGAGCGGGGAGAGCCGGCCGGCGCACUAAGAUGGCUGAAGGCUCCCGGCGAGGGUGAGCGGGGGGCGCGGCGCAGCCAGCGGGGAGUCCUCGGGCGGGCCGGGCCGGCGGCCCUUCCCCGCGGCGAGAAGCCGGAGCCACCAUGUCGUUCGCGCUGGAGGAGACGCUCGAGUCGGACUGGGUGGCUGUACGGCCCCAUGUGUUCGACGAGCGCGAGAAGCACAAAUUCGUCUUUAUUGUGGCCUGGAACGAGAUUGAGGGCAAGUUUGCCAUAACCUGCCACAACCGGACGGCCCAGAGGCAGAGGAGCAGCUCCCGGGAGCAAGCGGGGGCGCGAGGGGCCGCCGAGGCCGGCGGAGCUGCGUCCGACGGGAGCCGCGGGCCCGGCAGCCCGGCGGGCAGGGGCCGGCCCGAGGCCACUGCCUCUGCAACUCUGGUUAGGAGCCCCGGGCCCCGGCGGAGCUCGGCCUGGGCGGAGGCCGGCUCUCCUCGGAGCACUCGCAGCCUUCUGGGGGACCCGCGGCUGCGGAGUCCUGGCAGCAAAGGGGCGGAGAGUCGUCUUAGGAGCCCAGUGCGGGCCAAACCCAUCCCGGGUCAGAAAGCAUCUGAAGCCGACGAUGCGGCGGGGGCAGCUGCUGCAGCAGCGCGGCCGGCGCCCAGAGAGGCCCCGGUGUCCUCUGUACGGAUAGUGAGCGCCUCUGGGACGGUCUCCGAGGAGAUAGAGGUGCUGGAAAUGGUGAAGGAGGACGAGGCGCCUCUGGCGCUCUCGGACGCGGAGCAGCCGCCGCCAGCCGCCGAGCUGGAGUCUCCGGCCGAAGAGUGCAGCUGGGCCGGACUGUUCUCUUUCCAGGACCUGCGCGCUGUGCACCAGCAGCUGUGCUCGGUGAACUCGCAGUUGGAGCCGUGUCUGCCGGUGUUCCCCGAGGAACCUUCGGGUAUGUGGACUGUGCUGUUUGGGGGCGCCCCCGAGAUGACCGAGCAGGAAAUCGACACUCUGUGUUACCAGCUCCAGGUCUACCUGGGCCACGGCCUGGACACCUGCGGCUGGAAGAUCCUCUCCCAGGUGCUCUUCACCGAGACCGAUGAUCCCGAGGAGUAUUACGAAAGCCUCAGCGAGCUGCGGCAGAAGGGCUACGAAGAAGUACUUCAGCGGGCCAGGAAGCGCAUCCAGGAGCUCUUGGAUAAGCACAAGAAUAUAGAGAGCAUGGUGGAGCUUCUGGACUUGUAUCAGAUGGAGGAUGAAGCCUACAGCAGCCUUGCAGAAGCUACAACCGAACUCUAUCAGUAUUUACUACAGCCAUUCCGAGACAUGAGAGAACUUGCCAUGCUACGAAGACAGCAGAUCAAGAUUUCCAUGGAGAACGAUUAUCUGGGACCUCGAAGAAUUGAGAGUCUACAAAAAGAAGAUGCUGAUUGGCAGCGGAAAGCUCACAUGGCUGUACUGUCUAUUCAAGAUCUUACUGUCAAGUACUUUGAAAUAACAGCUAAAGCUCAAAAAGCUGUGUAUGAUCGAAUGCGAGCUGAUCAGAAGAAAUUUGGUAAAGCCUCAUGGGCAGCGGCUGCUGAACGGAUGGAAAAACUCCAGUAUGCAGUUUCUAAGGAAACUUUGCAGAUGAUGAGAGCUAAAGAGAUAUGCUUGGAACAGCGGAAACAUGCGCUAAAGGAAGAGAUGCAGAGUUUGCGGGGUGGUACAGAAGCCAUAGCCCGAUUGGAUCAGUUAGAAGCUGACUAUUAUGACCUGCAACUUCAGUUGUAUGAAGUACAGUUUGAAAUCUUGAAGUGUGAAGAGUUAUUAUUGACAGCGCAACUAGAAAGCAUCAAAAGACUUAUAUCAGAAAAAAGAGAUGAAGUGGUGUACUAUGACACUUACGAAAGCAUGGAGGCCAUGCUGGAGAAGGAAGAGAUGGCAGCAUCUGCGUACUUACAGAGAGAAGAGCUGCAGAAACUUCAGCAGAAAGCACGCCAGCUGGAAGCAAGACGUGGACGGGUUUCCGCCAAGAAAUCCUACCUCAGAAAUAAGAAGGAAAUAUGUAUUGCAAAACACAAUGAAAAAAUCCAACAGCGCACUCGGAUUGAAGAUGAGUAUAGAACCCAUCACACAGUACAACUAAAGAGAGAAAAAUUACAUGAUGAAGAAGAAAGAAAAAGUGCCUGGGUUAGCCAAGAGAGACAGAGAACACUGGAUAGACUUCGAACAUUUAAACAGAGGUAUCCUGGGCAAGUCAUACUUAAAUCAACCAGAUUACGACUAGCUCAUGCAAGAAGAAAAGGUGCAACAAGUCCUGUUCUCCGAGAGGAUCAUUGUGACUCUCUACCAAGUGUGUUACAGGUAGAAGAGAAAACUGAAGAGGUGGGAGAAGGAAGAGUCAAGCGUGGGCCAUCACAGACAACAGAACCCCAGAGCCUUGUACAACUUGAAGAUACUUCAUUAACACAACUUGAAGCCACCUCAUUACCUCUCAGUGGUGUUACCUCUGAACUGCCUCCCCCUAUGUCUCUUCCACUUUUGAAUAACAACCUCGAACCAUGUUCUGUUACCAUAAAUCCACUCCCAUCCCCUCUUCCUCCAACACCACCACCUCCCCCACCUCCUCCCCCUCCCCCACCACCACCACCUCUGCCUGUUGCUAAGGACAGUGGCCCAGAGACACUGGAGAAAGAUCUGCCUAGAAAGGAGGGGAAUGAGAAGAGGAUCCCAAAGUCAGCCAGUGCCCCCUCAGCACACCUCUUUGACAGCAGCCAGCUGGUCAGUGCACGGAAGAAGCUCAGAAAGACUGCUGAAGGUUUGCAGAGGAGGAGAGUGAGCUCACCCAUGGAUGAGGUGCUAGCCUCCUUGAAGCGUGGUAGUUUUCAUCUGAAAAAGGUUGAACAGCGAACUCUGCCUCCUUUUCCUGAUGAAGAUGAUAGUAAUAAUAUCUUGGCACAAAUAAGGAAAGGGGUAAAAUUGAAGAAGGUACAGAAGGAUGUUUUGAGAGAAUCCUUCACACUUCUACCCGAUACAGACCCUCUAACACGGAGCAUCCAUGAAGCUCUUAGAAGAAUUAAAGAAGCAUCCCCAGAGUCAGAGGAUGAAGAGGAGGCUUUGCCUUGCACAGACUGGGAGAACUAACAAGUGACAUAACAGAAGAAAAAUAUCAUUCAAGAUUGGUUCUGAUUCUUUCCGAAAAUAACAGUUUAAGCACUUGGUUCCUCAGUUGGAUAACAUUAGAUCCAAAGUGCAUUGGUUCAGUGGUGUGAAGAAAGGAAGCACAAUUGGCAGGUUAUGACUUUCCAGUCGUUCCAAUAGAUGAUGGUUAACAUGAAUUUUACAUGUGCAAUGUUCCUGACUGCAACGAAGAAAAGGCCUUCUGGAGAUUUCUGUUUUUUAAGCACAUUCUCCUUCCAUCCACAUAUUUACAUCCUUGUAAUGGCCAGUUAAGCUAGGGCUUGCUGUAAGUUGGAAGAACACUGAGUUGACAGAGAUCUACUGUGAGCUCUAUUGGGACUGCUUUUAGAACCAUCUUUCAGUGCACUGAAAAGUCAUCUGAAAAAAUAGCUUCUUCCAUAUCAGCUUAUAUUAAAUACUGUGAUACUCUGAGAAAGUUUAUCAUGAUAGCUGUAAGUCAGGCAUUAAAAUCAGAUGGAAAUACACCUAAAAUGUCCACAUUACUCAUUUCCAAAGGAUUUUUCAUAAAGAUGUUCAGCAACAUCUGAAAAGCUGCAUUUAUGGAGAUACAUCUAUUAAUAUGUUCACAACAUGAUACAUUUAACAUGGCAUAUUUUUAGGAGUCUUAUACUUUGUAAGGUUUUGAAGUUCCCAUGCUUUUAAAUCACUCUUCAUAUUUCUUGAAUUUAUAAUAGUUUGAAUUUUAUGUGCAUCCUUGUUUAUGGAAGGCAAUACUUUGAUAAUAUUUCGAAUUAUUUUUAUUUUGUUUGAAUUAUUGCUUGAUUGCUAUGACCAACAUGAUUUUCCUCUUGAGAAUCAAAAAUCAAGAUUCAAUAAUAGGGAUGCAGAUCUUAACUCUUUUUACAAACCACCAUUUUAAGUUUUUAUUUAUUUUUAUGCUCCACAGUGAAAAGCAUGUGCUCUACAAAGAAAGAUAGAAAGUAGAGACAAGUCUCCGUGGCUGGCAUUUCACCACCUUCACAUGCACUGAAUGGAAUUUUGGGAGAAUGCCUUUGUUAUAGUCACUAAAAUUUUAAACUUAUACACAGCUUUAGGUGCUGAUUUUGGCUGUGAUAGAGUCCUGAAGGACACAUUUAUGUGUUCCGGAUUUUCAGCGGGAUUGCUGUGGGCUUGAAUAUGUGUAGAUCAUUGGACUCAGUGUGCAGUACCCUGUACAUAUAAUUCUGCAUAAGACAGAUCUUCGCCUUUCUGUGGAGGGAGCUAAGAACUAAAAUACCAAAAAUAACUUUAUUUCUUUUAAGACAAUUAUCUGGCCUAAACCCAGAAAGGAGUACUGGAGCAAAAGCCCAGUGUAUAUGAAUUGGUAUUCCUGGAGAAAAAAAGAAAUGCUCACACCUUUGUUAUUUUAAAAAGUGUUUUCUUAAAAAUAAUUAGGGAGAAAAUUUUCUGGCAACAGGUUAUGUAAGACAAAAUUUUUUUAUUUCAAAACAAAGCAGGCACAUGCCACCAUGCCCCAGCUAAUUUUUGUAUUUUUUAUAGAGACAGGGUUUUGCCAUGUUGCCCACGCUGGUCUUGAACUCCUGGACUUAAGCAACCUGCCGGCCUCAGCCUGCUAAAGUGCUAGGAUUACAGGCAUGAGCCUCUGUGCCCAGCCUGACAAAAUCUUUUAUUUAAAUGUUAGUAAUACAUUUAUUGAUGAGACUAGGAUCUGCAGCAUCUUCAUAAUACAUUGGUUUUAGUUCCCACACUAUUCCCACAUCUUGCCUGGAAAGAUUAGAAAUACAGAUGUAAUAUGGAAACUUCUUCAACAGCAUGGGGGUGGUGAUAGUGUCCUAUUUGCCCUUGGUAAAAUAUUAAAGCAUAUUUCUUAACCAAGAGAGUGAGUGGUUAUAUUAAUGUAUUUGAAAAAGUUAAAGCAAAUUUUGAAACCUUUACAAAAUCAUGUAUCCAUUUUAUGCUAUCCAGUUUUUACGUACCCAUGUGUCAACACUUCAUAUAUCCAGUUCUUUGGGUGCUUGUUCACUUUUUUUCAUUUAUUAAAAUACAGACGGAUAUAGUGUUAAAUUAACCAAAAACCUGGAACAUUCAUAUCUUGAGAGGGAAUUUGCUACCCUUUUACUUUUGGGAUUCCACUAUAAAAUAGACUCAUUUAUACAUAUGUCCUGUGGUCUUUCUUCCAGGGUGUGCUGUAAUAAUAAGUCUCUAGCAAAGGGUAGAGGGUGUGUAGAACUCCACUCAGCCUCAUGGAUGCAUCUACAACUCUCUCAACCCAUCCUGUUACAGUUCCCCAUGAGAGUCACCUCACACUUGGAAGAGAAGGAGGUUAAAGCAGAGUAUUGUUGGCAGCUAGCUAUGCCCAUUCUCUUGUAAAUAACUUUCCAACACAUCCAUUUCCUUGCCUUAAGGUGCAGGUUCCUACUUCUACAAAAUUUCAGAUGAUUGCAGGUCAAAAACCUUUGGAGUUACUCACAAAUAAUAAUAAAAUUUCAAAUAUCUAGGGUCUACUUGUCCAUCAAGAUGACAUUACCAGUGGAACCCACCUGUCAAUUUUAAAGUAGCUUCAGAACCCAACCAAAAUUAUGUAAGCCUGGUUAAAUGUCCUUUUUUCUUCUUGCCCCUAAUAAAAUGAGGAUCUUAGGCCUUAAUACUAAAUAUGUGUAUAUUUAGUUAUGAUGGUACUUGUAGAUGCUCACAUUUACAGUUUCAAACUCGCCCGUACUUUUUGUCAAAUAUUAUGCUUCAAAAUAUUUGACACACUUCUGUUAAUAUAUGAUUUCUGUAUCCACAAACAGCUGUUUGCUUAUGCUGAAUCAAUUUAGAAGUUAAUUUGCCAAUCUAGUCUCAACUGCAAUGCAUUUAAAAUAGGGAAAACAAGUAAAUGAGUUUGGGACAUUUUGAGAUUAAUGUUACUGCCCACUUGACUGUCAAUUUCAAAUGGCUCCUAAUGCAACCAAAAUUAUAACCAAUGUAGCAUGUGUAGGAAAGGUAUUCUUAAUUAUUUAAAAUCAUUGUGUAUAUUACAGCAGUAUGAGGAAUGCCUGGCUAAAGAGGAUUUUUUAAAAGAUGAAGAAUGGUUUUGCUUGUAUUGUAUAGGCUGAGUUUGUGAGCAGCAUAAAAACAAUCAUUCCUUAAUUCUUCAUUGUGGAACUGAAAUAUGUCUGUAAUGCAUUUUUUAAAAGGAGACUCCUAGACACAGCUAUGAUAGUGGGAAUAGAAAUGUAGAGCUUUUCUUAUAACAGGAAACCAGAAAAUAAUUUUCAGCACUUUCACUUUAUGUAAUAAGGAAAAAAAAUUGUUUCCACAAAGUUGAACUAUGUAGUAAUAGUUGGUAACACAUGGCAUGGCCACUUUAUAUCACAGAAUGUGUGUCAAGUUGCAAAGCAUACUUGGGCCAUAGUAGACACUAAGAAUUAAAACUCUUAAAUCAGUGAAACAAAAACUAAUGGGCAGCAUUCUCUCUGUUUGGAAUGGGAUCAGUAUACAAUUAAUACAAUUUAAUUUUACACAUUCCCUAAGACACCAUUUUUAAGUUACAGUCACAUGAGUAUGUUGGUAUAAAUUUAAGUCAAUGCUUUUAGCCUAGGCAAAGCUUUUUGUUCACUAAAUACAAGAUUUUUGGGGUUUUCUUUUUUCAGCUUUUACAAACUUAACAUCAGAUACCAAUGUGUAAAAAGUACUAUUGGGUCCUUAAGGGCUCUGUCAGGGAGUUGAAAUUUCAUACUCUUUACCAGGUUACUUGUAAAAAAUGAACAGCUGUAAGACAUUUCAAAACUAUUGCAGACACAUUGUUAAAAUGCAGCCAUUUGAUAAUGAAAGCAGAAACCUUAAGUUUUACCUAAUUAUUGCACUAAAUGUAAUGAUAACAUAAAAUUAAGUGUGCAUUUUAAACAUUCUAUUUCCCACUUACUGCUUAACAUAGAAAAAGAGCUAUGGUUAGAGGAGUGACCAGCAAGAUUUAUUUCAGAUGGAAAAGGGGUGAGAAAGUGGAAGCACCUUACUGUUAGAGCAUGUUGCGUCUAUUUAGUGCUACUGAACAAUUCAGUAGUUAUUUCUGAACUUUGCUGCAAAGUGCUCUUUAGUUAAAGCACAUUAAGAAGGGUCACUGCUUAAUUGCUUUGUAAAAUGAAGCAAUGGUAUUUUUUAUCCGAUAUAGUGUAACUUAAAAGUUUUCCUACAAACUGAGUUUAUAUUGUUGCCUAAACUAUGUUAUGUAAGCAAAGGGUUUGGAAAGGCGGGAGGGAGUCUGGAUUCGGUGAGUGUGUGCAUUUGUGUGUGUGAAUGUAUGAAAAGUUUCCCCAUUGGGUUAUUCUCAAGAUGUGUUUAUUGUAAAGUUUUCUAUGUUUUGCCCACAGUAAAUGUACAACUUCGCAAUUGUAGGAUUUAAUUGAUUGAAUUCCAAAUUUAUACUGUCUCUUCCCUUUUGCAGAGACAUUAUGCCACUGUAAGGUACAUGUACAGAAAAUACCUCUGAGGUUGACUUGUUAAAUAACUGAUGAAUGUUAUUUCACACUGAAUCUCAAAGCAGUCAUUUGUUUUGCGGGUUAAGGGAAAGUUUUGUUUUUUGCUGGUGUUUUUUGUUUUUAAUUGGGCACACUAAGAGUGGCUAAAUUUGGGGGAGUUGUUGGUGGGUAGGAAAGACCUUGAAAAGUGAUGUGUAGAUGAAAACACAAGGUAUGGAUGUUGGUUACAGAGUUCAGUUUUAACAAGGGAAAUUUGGGGAUUUUUUUUUUUACUUGCAUGUUCUAUGGGUAGCUAUCAAAGGGUGUAACAAAUUAUCUCAGCUUUUCCCAAUACUAAUUAUAUUGGUUUUAAGAAGUCUGCAUAAUCACUAGGUGGCAUUUUCCCUUCAUUUGUGAACCAAGAGGGGUAAAUGAUGCUACCCAUGUAAUGACUUCUGACUUCUUUAACUUUGACAGAAUCUCCAUUGUUUCAUUGAAUUUCUCAUUGUAUUAUAUGUCUUUCCAAGUGUGCAAACCAUAAUAUGUAGUUAAUGAAGAAUGGAAGGCUGCAGAUUAUUUUGCAUGAAUAAUUAAUUGCCUGUUAGGGCUAAGGAGACUGACAUGAUUUUUAUCAGUUCUGGGUAAAUGAAAAUUUUAAUGGAAAACUCAUUCACCAUUUACUAGCUUUGUGCAAUAUUAUAAAAGGUAGAAGCAAAACACUAGCACAUUGUGCGUGGCUUGUAAGGAUGGCUUUAGUACCAUUACGUUAAAUGGACAGUGUGCACACUGUAUUGUAAAUGCCAGCUCUUGCAAAUUUACAAUACUUAAAUAUGUUCAAUUAAUAUUCUAAAGUAUUAAAAGUACAGAGGAAAAACUAAGCAAGCAUUUAUAGCAAUACCAUGAAAUCUCCAGUAAUCGUUUUGACUGUUGCCUUUUGCUCUUUAGUGCAACUUUUCUGCAUUGUAAUUGUAUUGCUUGCUUUGUAUUUCAUGUUUUUUACACUCAUGACUUCAGAGUUAAGUACUUGUACACCAAGUAUUGCAAUCAAUCACCUUUCUCUUGUUGUACAUGCAAUGUAACAACCUACAGUUUUGGUGCUUUUAACAAUAUUCCUCUUUUUCUUUAAUAAAGGAUAUUUAUUUGAAUUAACCUGA